AUGUGGGGUUGCGGCUUCGAUGAACAUGACGAGGAAUCUACUGAUCUAGCUGUCAUCAAGCAGCAAUUCAUGCAUGAACCAGUAAUAAGCUCUUUUGCUUUUCCACAACCUCCCCUGGGCAUACAGGCGAAAGACUUUGUGGCAACCCAUUUUGGUAAGGAUGCCAAGAACAUGCAGUUCCGGAAGGGUACAACUACUCUCGCUUUCAUUUAUGAGCCUGCUACAGCUAAUGACAAGGGUGGAAUUAUCGUUGCUGUCGAUUCACGGGCAUCUUCUGGAGAAUAUAUCUCUUCGAAAUCAGUUAUGAAGAUUUUGGAUAUUGGUGAUCGUAUGGUCGCUACAAUGGCCGGAGGUGCUGCAGACUGCCAAUUUUGGACGCGAACUGUUGCCAAGUACUGCAACCUGUUUGAACUACGGGAAAAAACUCAAAUUACUGUGAGCGCUGCCAGCAAAUACUUUGCCAAUGUUCUUUAUGGAUACCGUGGCAUGGGACUAUCUGUGGGUUCGAUGAUUGCUGGUUAUGACAAGAGAGGGCCGCAGAUUUUCAAAGUGAGUUGGCACGGCUUCUUUGCUACAUUGUGUGCUUGUGCAGGGAUGUCGACUGGGUAUAUCUCAAUGAAGAUAUCA